AUACAGGGGGCCACAUAGAAAGUCAGAAGCAAGCUCAGGGCCAGGACUCCAGUGUCCUGUGAAGCCAAGAGAGAGGCUUUCACUGGUGGUGAGCAAAACCUGCUGGUUGCAGAGUUACCUCAGUAGAUGGCUCACUGCAUAGCCUUUGCCUUCAAACAGAAAUACCCAGAACAGCCCCAGCACCAGUGUUUCACAGAACUGAGUUGUGACAUGGGUCUGAUUGAUAGAAAUGCCCCGUUACAGUCAAUACCUUCCUUCACCUUGAGAGCUUUAACUCAUAACGUGUUCCCUAUGUUCACUUACCUCCUCACAGCCUUCCCACCGCUGCUCCAUCAUGUGGCAUCCAAUCUCGUGGACACCGCGUGCCCAGUGGUCACCAAAGCACUUAAAGAUGGUCACUGUCUACCUGCUGGUGCUCCUGGUAUCGCUCAGCUUUGCUUCAGGACAGAGCAGACCAUUUAAACACCAGAUAGACAACAGGAGUCCUGAGAUCGAUCCUUUUUGGUACGUGGGCCGUGGCGUGCGCCCCAUCGGUCGCUUUGGGAAGAGGCAGCUGAGGAGCAACCCUGACAGCCUAAAGCCUGCGAGCAGACACCUGGAUUAUAUCUUGAACACUUUGUGGGAGCACAAAGUGUUGGGCACACAAGACAGUGACUGGUGACCUCUGUUCCCUGAGGUGGCAACCCAACCUCUGUGCUUGGAAUCACAUCUUUCCCUGCACCUCAGGCACCAGUUCUGCUUUUGCCUAGCAAUCCCACCCUGCUCUUCUUUCUGCUCCUUGUGCAAGUUCCUUCAAAGAGAAACGUGUUCAGGGUGAAGGUAAAAGGCAGUGCAUGGACACUAGAACUAAGUGCCACCACAGCUUAUUCUUUGUCUUCUGUCCCCACCCAUUUCCUGAUGCUGUUCACUGUAACGUUCAGUCUACCAAAACGCACACAGCCUUUGUGCUGGGAUUUAAACUCUGCAGUGUUAAGUCUAUCAUGAAACCUUCCUGUCACAUUUCAAAGUAAAUGGCUGUUGAUAUGUAAAAAAUAAAAAGCAAUGGUUGGAAGAAAGAAUAAAGGCUCUCAUUCAUUUUUAAUGUACCUGCAGUAAUGCUGGUGCUCUCUGUGUAGUUUUUACAUAGCUUGUUAGCAUCCACCUGUAGGAAUGUUGCCCUGAACUGUCCACUGGCACUUCAUGAUUCUUCCUGUACUGCUGGAGAGGUAUCUCACUGAACAAAAAGCUGCUCCUAUCAAGGAUAAGUGUUUUC